AUGUCCGUGGACGGUAGGACGCCUUCAGGCGCAACUAUUGAUCAGGAACAGCUAGAUCAGAGACUCACGAAGCUUAUUAUGGAUCAUAACAGUUAUCGGACAGCACUAUUUCGCUAUAUUCGUCGGUGUCUUGCGCUGUGCAAGUGGUACGUCGAUCAGGACUAUCCAUCAUUUUUUUGGCAAUUCGAUAGAACGGACAGGCUGGCCAGUCUAGUGCUACAUAUUCGUGACCAUGCGCUUCAGUCAUUCCAGAUCGUUGAUCGCAUAGGGACAUCCUUAUUAAAUCAGGUCGACAUCUUACUUGCUAGAGGUACCAUGCCUCUUGCCUCCGGAUCGCCUCUUGCAGGAGGAAUGUCUCCUUGUAGAACAGGACCCAAUGGGCUAAGAAAUCACUCCAAUCUAAACGGCCACCACGACCAGGGGCAUGGCGUUGGGACCAGGGCGUCAGGGGGCAGCAUGUUUAAUAACAAUCGACUAUUGUUCUUAGCAGGCGAAAUGAAGGAAGCAAUCAGAUUCUGGCGUGAGCAGUGCCUGUGUGCUCAGUCGAUGGAACCAAAGGUCUUUGAACUGGAUCGGAUCGCAGAGAUACGAUAUCUAGCAUUGACAGGUGAUGGAUCAACGAUUGAUGAAAAGGCGCGAGCGCUAAGGAUUUCCUGCGAACAGGCACGCCUUGUGACCGACGAUGUGGAGCCUUUUAUGGACCAAUGGUUGGGAAAGCUCUCCGUUGUUGAUAGACCCAAAGAAGAAUCGGCAGCGAUACCACCAGCAGUACAUGGACAUAUGCCAGGAGGGUAUGCACCCCCCCCUCCUCCUCCUCCUCCUCCUACCCACGCUGGUCCGGGGGUUAUAGGGGCUGCAGUUGGGGCUGUACCAGCAGCAAUAGGAGGACACAUCCAUCAUGGCCUGUCGCUUGAUCACCGUUCAAUGUCCAACCAUAAUAUGGAAUCACCUGCAACAUACUCUAGUCAGCCUUGGGGCCAAGGGGCCUCAUAG